ACUUGUACUUGCACAUAUCAAAAGCCUUGAUAUCUCUCUCUCUCUCUCUCACAUUCUUUCUCUCUGUGGCUAUCUGGGUACGUAAUAGAGCGAGCCCCGCUGUAUUUCUUUGUAGCUUUCUCAAACAAACCAAAAAUUAUCAGACUUCUAAAUUACUCAUAAAAAAAAAAAACCAGAGACAAUAGAGAAACCUCACAAAUCAAAUCACAAAGUCACAAGACUCACAACAACAACAAUAACAGAAGCACCGACUUCAAACUUCGAUACAUACUUGUUUUUUUUUUUGUUUUUUUUUUUGCGUAUAUUGCUCAGUCUCAGCCACACACACCACUAGAAGAAGAAGAAGAGCAAAAGAGGAAUGCUAAGGAAGAAGAAGAUGAAGCAGCGCUUCACCUUCUUCUCCUUUUGCUGAUGAUUCAUGGCCUCUUCUCAGCAUCGCUGCGUUUUUGUUGGGAACAUACCAUAUGAUGCCACUGAGGAACAGCUUAUAGAAAUCUGCCAGGAGGUUGGUCCUGUUGUGUCUUUCAGGUUAGUAAUUGAUAGAGAAACUGGGAAACCAAAAGGUUAUGGAUUCUGUGAAUAUAAGGAUGAAGAGACAGCUCUAAGUGCUCGUCGUAAUCUUCAGGGUUAUGAGAUCAAUGGCCGGCAAUUACGGGUUGAUUUUGCUGAAAAUGACAAAGGUGCCGACCGAAAUCGAGAACAGGGUCGUGGGGGACCUGGGCUUGCUUCUAAUGUUGAACCUCAAAAACAGUUAGCUGGCCCAGCAAUCCAUGGGGAAUCUGUUCACCAUCAGCCAAUUGGUCUCCAGAUAGCUAUAACUGCCGCAGCUGUCAUGGCAGGAACUCUAGGUGGUGCUCAGGCAGGCAUGCAGUCAAAUCCAAAUGGUUUGCACAGUCAGUCAGCAUUGGCCAAUGAUCCUUUAACUCUUCAUCUGGCUAAAAUGUCUAGGAGUCAACUCAAUGAAAUAAUGUUUGAGCUGAAGGCAAUGGCUACACAAAAUAAGGAACUAGCUCGCCAGCUAUUGGUUGCAAGACCACAGUUGCCUAAAGCUCUUUUUCAGGCACAGAUAAUGCUAGGAAUGGUGACACCCCAAAUGUUGCAGAUGCCAAAUAUUCGGCAGGCUUCAGGUCAACUCACGCAGCCUCCAUUGCAUGAUAGGCAGCAGGGUCAGCAAUCAGCAGCUCAAACUCUUCCUGGGCUACCCCCUCUUGCCCAGAACAAGAUGCUGUCUGGGUUGAUGCCUAAAGUUCAAGAAAGUCAAGUUUCUGCAGUGCCUCAAAAUCCUUUGGUUCACAACCAAUUUUCUUCAGCACCACAACCUCGAGUUCAACUUCCACAACAUGCAAACAAUCAUAUUGUACAACAGGCCACAUUUCCUGGACAUUCUGCAAUUUCAACACUUCCUCCUAUACCCUCUUCUUUGGGAAGUUUGUCCUCUAGACCACAGAUACAGAUGGCAAAAUCCUCUUCUCUUAACCAUCAAACACAGCCCUCUUUGCCACAACACUCUGGGCAGGUUGGGGCUGCCAAUUUAGGGCAUAGCAUUCAGAUGGUUAAUCCAAAUGCAAUAAAACCUUCUCUCUUACCUCGUCCUCCCUUAUUAGAUGCUGGCUUUCAGCCUGGCCCCCCGAUAUCAUCAGGUAUAUCACAGGCAAUUAACAAGGGGUCUGAUAAUGGAAAUUGGGUCCACAGAAGUAAUGCAUAUGUAAAUGCACCUUCUGGGAGCAUGGUUUAUGAUUCUUUAGAACCAAUUGAUCGCCCUACAAAGCUAAUGAAAUUGGAUGAUGGGAGGAGCAAUGCUUUCUCAGUGGGGAGUUCAAAUGCAUCCAACACCAAUGGUUCUGGACUGCCCCAAGUUUUUGGAGCUGGCUCAUUGCCUGUAAAUCAAGUUCUGAAAGCAGAAGGGCAAAAUUCAGAGAAACAACUUUCCCAGUCACAGCUUCCACCUGAGGUGGAGUCUGCCUUACUGCAACAAGUGUUAAACCUAACACCAGAGCAAUUAAGUUCAUUGCCUCCAGAGCAGCAACAACAAGUCAUUCAGCUCCAACAGGUUCUUCGGCGAGAUCAAAUUCAGCCAUCUUAGCAAAUGAAGAGUGACACAUGAAAAUUUCAUCAAUGCAGCAAGCUUGUCUUGGCACUUGGCAGUGCAGGCUCAAUUCGUUUGGUUGCAUGAAGAACAAGAGCUUGCUAUUGGUUCAAUCAAUUCUGGUUGUUUGUAAAAUUAUUAAUCUCAGGGGAUCCAACGUAGGAUCCAAAAUGUGAGGUUACAUUCAUGUAACGUUUAGGAGCUUGUGAUUAACAUGCCUGAAAAAAAUAGUUAGAAGAAAGAAAAAAUUUUGUCUAAUCCUUUUGUUAUAGAUUUGAAAUUUUUGUA